UUGAAGUAUUUGUCAUAGGUAUCAAACAUGGCCGCCGAAAAGAAAGUCAAUGACACAAACACAGAUUUAGGACUUCUCGAAGAGGACGACGAAUUUGAAGAAUUUCCAGCAGAAGCAUGGGCAGAAGCAGAUGAAGAUCAAGAUGAAAAUAAUAUUUGGCACGAUGACUGGGAUGACGACAAUGUAGAAGAUGAUUUUUCUAAUCAGUUGAGAGCUGAGCUUGAAAAACAUGGAUACUUGAAGUGUGAUCAACCAGAGACAAUGAAGACAUGAACUGCAUCAGCAUACAAGUUUGAAAAUCUUACAAACUUUCAGUUUUGGAAAAUUGUUUUUUUUUAAACAUCCAUGGUUACUUUACAAUAUUUUUCGAAUGUGAUCAAUUAAACUACCUUAAACUGAAAAA